AUGGCGUCAAACUCAACUAAGUCUUUUCUGGCAGAUGCCGGCUAUGGCGAACAAGAGCUGGAUGCUAACUCUGCCCUUAUGGAGUUAGACAAAGGUCUAAGAUCUGGCAAACUUGGUGAACAGUGUGAAGCAGUUGUCCGAUUUCCCAGGCUCUUUCAGAAGUAUCCAUUCCCCAUUCUCAUCAAUUCUGCAUUCCUAAAGUUAGCUGAUGUUUUCAGAGUUGGAAACAAUUUCCUGAGGCUGUGUGUUCUUAAAGUCACCCAACAAAGCGAGAAGCAUUUGGAGAAGAUCCUAAAUGUGGAUGAGUUUGUGAAGAGAAUUUUCUCUGUGAUUCAUAGUAAUGACCCUGUAGCAAGAGCCCUCACACUCCGGAUGUUGGGAAGCCUGGCAUCAAUAAUUCCUGAGAGGAAGAAUGCUCAUCACAGUAUUCGUCAGAGUCUGGAUUCACAUGAUAAUGUAGAAGUUGAAGCUGCUGUUUUUGCUGCUGCCAACUUCUCUGCACAGUCGAAGGAUUUUGCUGUAGGAAUCUGUAACAAAAUCAGUGAAAUGAUUCAAGGUCUGGCCACGCCGGUAGACUUGAAGCUGAAGUUGAUCCCCAUCCUGCAGCACAUGCACCAUGAUGCCAUCUUGGCGUCCAGUGCGCGUCAGCUCCUACAGCAGCUGGUCACCGCCUAUCCUUCCACCAAGAUGGUGAUUGUCUCUUUGCACACUUUCACUCUGCUUGCAGCUUCAUCUUUGGUUGAUACGCCUAAGCAGAUUCAGCUUUUAUUGCAGUAUUUGAAGAAUGACCCUAGGAAAGCAGUAAAGAGACUUGCUAUUCAAGAUCUGAAAUUACUUGCCAAUAAAACACCACAUACUUGGAGUAGAGAAAACAUUCAGGCGCUCUGUGAAUGUGCCCUGCAGACUCCGUAUGACAGCUUGAAACUUGGGAUGCUGUCUGUCCUUGGCACGCUGUCAGGGACCAUCGCCGUCAAACAUUACUUCAGCAUAGCUUCAGGAAAUGUGGGUUCAUCCCCUAGAUCCUCUGAUUUAGUCAAAUUAGCCCAAGAGUGCUGUUACCAUAAUAACAGGGGCAUUGCAGCUCAUGGAGUGAGAGUCCUAACUAAUAUAACUGUAUCUUGUCAAGAAAAAGACCUUUUGGCCCUGGAGCAAGACGCUGUCUUUGGCCUGGAAUCCCUUCUGGUGCUGUGUAGCCAAGAUGACAGCCCAGGUGCUCAAGCCACCUUAAAGAUUGCUCUGAACUGCAUGGUGAAGUUGGCCAAGGGCAGGCCCCACCUCAGCCAGUCCGUGGUUGAGACCUUGCUGACUCAGUUGCACAGUGCUCAGGACGCUGCCCGCAUCCUGAUGUGCCACUGCCUGGCCGCCAUUGCCAUGCAGCUGCCCGUGCUGGGCGAUGGGAUGCUCGGUGACCUCGUGGAGCUGUACAAGGUGAUCGGACGAUCUGCCACAGAUAAGCAACAGGAGCUUCUGGUGAGCUUGGCCACUGUGAUUUUUGUAGCCAGUCAGAAAGCACUGUCUGCUGAAGUGAAGGCAGUGAUAAAGCAGCAGCUUGAAAGUGUCUCCAAUGGAUGGACUGUCUACCGAAUUGCCAGACAGGCAUCCCGAAUGGGUAAUCAUGACAUGGCCAGAGAGCUUUAUCAGAGUUUGCUGACUCAGGUUGCCUCAGAACAUUUCUACUUCUGGCUGAAUAGUUUGAAGGAGUUCUCACAUGCAGAACAGUGCCUCACUGGGUUACAAGAAGAGAAUUAUAGUUCAGCACUUUCUUGCAUUGCUGAGUCUUUAAAAUUCUACCACAAAGGGAUUGCUUCCUUAACAGCUGCCAGUACACCACUGAAUCCUUUAAGUUUUCAGUGUGAAUUUGUAAAGCUCAGGAUUGACCUUCUACAAGCCUUCUCUCAACUUAUCUGUACUUGUAAUAGCCUCAAGACGAGCCCCCCACCUGCAAUCGCCACAACAAUUGCCAUGACCUUAGGGAAUGACCUUCAGCGGUGUGGUCGCAUCUCCAAUCAGAUGAAGCUGUCCAUGGAAGAAUUCCGAAGCCUUGCUUCCCGAUAUGGGGAUCUUUAUCAGGCAUCUUUUGAUGCUGAUUCGGCAACUUUGAGGAACGUAGAACUACAGCAGCAGAGCUGUUUACUGAUAUCUCAUGCAAUUGAAGCCCUCAUUUUGGACCCAGAAUCAGCAAGUUUCCAGGAAUAUGGGUCUACAGGAGCAGCCCAUGCUGAUAGUGAAUAUGAGAGAAGAAUGAUGUCUGUAUAUAAUCAUGUCUUGGAGGAGGUGGAAUCACUCAAUCGGAAAUAUACCCCUGUUUCUUACAUGCAUACAGCAUGCCUCUGCAAUGCCAUCAUUUCUUUGCUGAAAGUUCCUCUUUCAUUUCAGAGAUAUUUUUUCCAGAAACUUCAGUCUACCAGCAUCAAGCUUGCCCUAUCACCAUCCCCCCGGAACCCUGCAGAGCCCAUCGCAGUCCAGAAUAACCAGCAGCUGGCGCUGAAGGUGGAGGGGGUGGUCCAGCACGGGUCUAAACCGGGACUGUUCCGCAGAAUUCAGUCCGUCUGUCUGAACGUGUCCUCCAUGCUGCAGAGUAAAUCCGGACAGGACUACAAGAUCCCCAUUGACAAUAUGACCAAUGAGAUGGAGCAGAGAGUUGAGCCUCAUAACGAUUACUUCAGUACUCAAUUUCUGUUGAACUUCGCCAUCCUUGGUACGCACAACAUUACGGUGGAGUCUUCGGUGAAAGACGCCAACGGUAUCGUGUGGAAGACUGGCCCCCGAACUACCAUAUUUGUGAAAUCCCUGGAGGACCCUUACUCCCAGCAGAUCCGCCUGCAGCAGCAGCAGACCCAGCAGCCGCUCCAACAGCAGCAGCAGCGAAACGCCUACACGCGGUUUUAG